AUGGUUAAGCAACAGCCAGUAUCGACUAGUCUUGGAAAUAGACAACAGCACCAUAGACCAAGUAAAAAAUCCUAUGGGAAGAUAACAGCGAGCCUGCAAUAUCCUAAGGAAGGCCCUAAUUGUAGUGCAACCGAUGAUGCUCCCAACAGCUUCGAGGUCCGAAGGCCUUUGGUGGAACCAUUCGCAACAACGGAUAAUUUACCUCGCACUAGAAUCUCAACCAAGAUGAAAAAAGCUAACGUCUUCUGGUCGCGAUCGAGAUUUAACAAGAAUGGAACAACGGACGUUGAAACCGAGGGCAAUUCAAAAUUCUCGCCAACAUUUCCCAAAGCUGGUUUCAAGAGACGCCCUAGACAAAAACAACUCAUUAAUCCAGGUGUAUCCAAUGCUGUACCUGAAAUUCACGAUGGUACUUGCCGAACGAACAACUCAUGGUCGAUGCGAAAGAAUCAAGUUGUUCAGCAAGUUGCAUGUGGACUUCCUUUCAAGCAAAAUUCCGAAAAUAAUGAGUCAAUCGAACCAGCUCCAUACCGGAAGAGGUCGGGCUUCAAGUCCUUCUCACAAUCAGCACUUGAUAUAAAUAGACGUCAUACCACAUUCCGCCAUCAAGAUACUACGAAGAAGGUUACUUUUGUGGAAGAUGAUCACAGACAAAUGUCCGUUCCAGCUCAUAGAUCAUUGAAUCAAGCCGCAGUAAGAGACAGCCGUCAUUUGGAGGGCAGAGACGUUUAUCGAGGGGCUCACACGCCAAAUAUUACCAAACAGUCCUCGCAGCCACAACGAACAGAAACACCGACCGAUCUUGACUACCGGCCGAUUGGUGCUUACAAACAUGGCUCUCUUAGAAUUAUGAAUGGCACCGCAAGCCCCGCUAUAGGUACCGAUCGGGAACUAGAUGAAGACUGUAGCUCUUCUCACAAUCAGAAUGAUCGACUUCACAAUCUUAACAAGCACAAAAUCCCUACACAUAUGCUCGGUAGCAAUGAAAAUUUGCGGCCAGCCAGCAGGGCAAUAAAUCAGGUUAGAGGAUCGAGUCUUGAGUAUCUCACUCUUGACAUUCAUAAUACAAACUUGGACUUCGAUGUUGAAAUGUUUAGUGCUUCGGGGGGACAAGGUGCACACAACAGUAAUGUAUCUGAGACGGUAAGAUCUUGCAAUGAUCUCCCUCGUAGAACUACCCGGCAAAAAUUAUCACUCGCAUCCCAAAGAGAAAAUAAAGUGCCAGAAACUCCAAGUAGACCUCCAACUACCAAAGAUCGACAAUUUCAAGGGGAAUUGUUGUGUUCUAGAGCCCACGGUUCGAUACCUGAUAGCUGGGACAAAGAAGUUUCUAAUAUUCCUAGCCUAGUUGAAGAUAUAUUGUCUCACACCAUGUGCUCUGUGAAUGCUGAUAGUGGAUAUAGUUCAAAUGACUCUCUACGAUCGUGUAGGAACAAUGUCACCUCAAAAAUGGGAGAAGAUGAUACACCUGCACGUCACUUAUCGUCAAGCCCAUUUUCCUUUGUUUCCACAUCUAUUGGGGAAAAUAUUUCACCAAAACAUAGAGGAGAGCUACAUGACGCAAUACCUCAAGACAUAAUGCAUGGUAAUGACACAAACCCAGUCUUGGAAAUUAAAUUUAGAGAAGUCAGCUUCUCAGCCAGCUCUAAAAAAUCUUUGAGCGCUGAAAUAGUAACCGAGAACUUUUGUACUGCCGAUGGUCAAUCUCACAACUCGUUUGGUCUCGACUAUUCAAUCCGACCCUUGUCAGUAAUAAAUAAGGGUCAAGGAAUUCGGAAUGUGGAAUUUUCGAUUCCCAAGCCACCACAACGAAAAUCUACUACCAAAGUCCAAAGAAGAGCUAAGGAGCGCUCGAGCACCAACUUCCUGGACGGAAGUCCCAAGAAAGCUUCGAGAUCUAGCAGAUUAUCUCAACUCAACAAAAAGGAAAAAGAUCAGGUAAAUCCAAGCAUUGAAAAUCAUGAUGACUGUAAAAGAUCUAUCUUCAAUUUUUGUACAGAAAUAUCUACUUCGAGUUUGGAAAAUUUAGAGAAUCUAGAGCCUCCGGAUCACUCAAUAAAACCUAUAGUUGUCUUGAAAGAAGAUGAGGAAGAAAACAAAAUGCAGUCUAAUUAUCAUAGAUCGCAACCCGAUACGCCCAUUCAAGAACUGGGAAAUAUGGCUAUCUCGCAAAACAUAUUAAUAGGGAGCGAAACUCGGGACAUCACGGCUCAUAACCUACGGUUAUCGGGCACACCUGUGACUGCGAGUCCGAUAAACCAGUCUAAGUUAGCUCAUGAUUUCUACAAGUCUGAUGGUGAGGAUCAAAGAAGAAUAAAAGCUGAUGAGACAACCGAACAAAAAGACCAACAAGUGCACUAUAUCGCAAUCAACCAGUUAAAACAACCUGAUUCCUCAUUCGAUCAUAACUCCUUCAAAUUUCAAAAUUCUACAGACUCUGAGGAUCAGACGGUAAACAAAUCGGCUCCACUUCAAUUGCGACAAAAUGUGACUUCAGAUGUCACAGACGAGGUGUGCUCUAAACCAUCUUGUGAAAAAGAAGUUCAGACCGAAGAGGUUUAUGAACUGUUUAAUUCUGAAGUAACUACUCACCUAGAACAAUGUGUCACCGGUGGUUUGAAGCGCAGAGAAGAUCAAAGUAUGCUUACAAAAAAGGGAAGAGUAGAACAAAGUGGACCGCGACGCACUGUUCCUACGCUGGUCGCAGAAUUCCAAGCGAGAGGAACCUCUCAAUCAAGCACCCAUCCAACCACAAAAAAGUGUGUUAGUUUCGUUUGCGCAGAACCUAUAAAUUCAAAAGAGGACAAUACUACGAAAAUAGAGACUGCAACUUCCAACAACUUCUCAUCUAAAUCACUCAAAGCCCCUAUUCAAAAAACUAACCUCCCCAACGAUUCCAUUCCUCAAGUACUAAAUCAUUUUAGUGAAAAAUCCUUCAUUACAGUGUCGGCAUCCGACCUAGCUGAAUCAAGUGGCCUAUGCUCAAAGUCACCUCAAGAGCUAACUUCAACAAAAAGUGAGAUUUUAGCCAUUGGUCUAGACAAAGCGUCUAGUGAAACAAAUAACAGGGGAGAAGUUCCGAGUCGGGAAAACAAACAACCUCAGACACUUAUAAAUGAUUCUAGCUUCGGGAAAACUAUUACUACAGUAAUUAGCACACCGGUACCUGUUGGUUCGUCAGAGAGUGGGCAUAUAACACCUAAAAGAUAUCGCCGAAAGCUACAAAGCUCUAAGACUUUAGCAGAAAAUUCAAGUCAAACUCCACAAACAAUUUUGUGUAAAGAUUCAGGAAAGCAAUUAGCCGAGAAAAAUUUCAGGUCGCAGAUUACUCGGAAGUUAAUCUCUGAGGCGAACAAUUCACCAAAUUCAGAUCUUGAAACUUGUGUAAGUUCUCCAAAAGAAUUGACUGCCAUUCCGCCAAAAUCUCCUCUACAUGAUUCACUUCUAUCUGCACACGGAAGUCAGCGACAGGAAUGGAGAAAGAAUUCUUCAAAUUUUCACAAGACAUCAAGAUCUCCUGAGUCUCGUGAUAGAGUUUGCGAUCAGCCAGUUCGGGAAAAUAUCACUGAUAUGAGCGCAAAUUUCAAGACUAGGGAUAGAUUUAACAAGAAUGAGCCUGUGUCACAGAUUGGGUCUUUAGUUCCACAAGGACUAGACCCUCAACAGAAGAAUAGUAGAGUGCCAAGCCCUCGUCAAAGCCGUCGAUCGCACCCGCCCCAAGUUCACGCUAACAAGCGUCGCCAAAACUGGAUGUUUACUCAGCCUCCUCCUCUCGCACCCAAGGUCCAGAACUUCUACAGCUACAUUGAGAGCACCCAAAAACAAAAACAGAUAGAAGAAUCUCUUAAGAUGCAGAGUACAAGUAUGCCUUCAACACCAAUUCAAGCAAAGAUGAUAAACGAGAGUAACGAUAUAUCCACAUUCAGGAAUAUUCUAAGGAAAUGUAAGAGUGCAUACUUUUCUGAAGAUAAUUCGACAUGUGAGCAGAAAAUUAAUUUACUCAGCCCUAAUUUGCCAUCUCAGCAGUCUCAAAUGCAAGAAGAGUGCUUAGCGGGACCUGUCGAAAUCCAGACCACCAAUAAAAUUAAAAGACAGCCCAGUCGUCGAAACAGUGAUUUAGGGCCACAAGAUUUAAACACAAGACCUAAAUGGGACUCUAAUGAAAAAAUAUUGUCAGAUCAGUUGCAAAACCAUUGCGUUAUAAAGUCAGAGCCACUAGACCGAUUAUCUACGGCGAUAAUCGGUAGAAUCGAACCUAUAACGAAAUGUCAUUCCAAGCAUAAAAUUGCCAGUAUGAAUGCAAAUCUCGUAAACGACAAAGUUCAAGUUCCCACAAGUCCACCAUCAUAUUAUGAUGAGAUGAAAUUCAGGAGUGACGGUGAAAUAAUUGUCUCUGAGCCUAGCUGCGAAAGCACUAAGCUAACGCCAGAGAAAUUGAACUUAUAUUUGGAAGCUGAAAUUUUGGAUAACAUUCUCCAAUCACCCGAUAGUCGAUCCGAGUUCAAUUGCCCUAGCUCUAUCGAUACAUUGCCAUCACAAAGAAAAAGUAUGUGCGGAAAAAGUCCUAGAGGGGAUGCUCCACCACUACCAUAUCGAAGCUUAUUGCGGAAGUCCCACUCUUCAAAUUUUGUUGUGGGGCUAAAAUCAACUGAAGAUCAUGGAAGUCCUCCUUUGUACUCCCCGGAUUCAGAUGGAAUAUUGAGUGUAGGGAAGAGGGUUGAGACACAAGAAUUCCCCUCCGCUUCUCUUGCAUCUCGAAUAGAACAAAGAAAUACGGCUAUAGAAUCUUAUAAAAAUUCUGCACAUGAACUUCAAACCUCACCUUAUGAACUUGCAGCACAUCCUCUUUCCACAACCCCGAUAGUACACUCAAAUAUUAACAAUUCGAAAAAUAGCUCGACACCAACGAAAACCCCCGAAAAAUCCCCAUAUCAGAGUCAAUCGCCCUCAUUGACCUACAAUAGGUUAUCUUCAAUCAACUCUCUACCGUCUCAGAUUAGAGAUUCAAGGCUGGUGAGCCCCAGAGCUUCAAUUCCACCGUUAAACUUUGAAAGCAAAGAUACUUCGGAUACACUUUCUAAGAAAGAGAUAUCUUUUAGUUCAAAAGAAAACUGUCGAAGUACAACUAGUUAUAGUUCAAGGAAUGAUUGGAUCGAUAGCUCUGAUCCGGACAAACCUCAAGGCUCGAAGAAUCUGGCAGACCCUGAUUCCAGAUCCAGUCUUUCAAUCACGACUAACUUCCCCACUAUUCCAAAGAGUAUUAGCACGUAUCACCAAUCGCUAUCUCCACUACCUUCAACAUUCCACACUUAUUCAUCUAGCACAGCUACUUCACUCUAUCAGAAAAGCUCUGGAAUACCGACAACUCCAUCAGUGUUGAUGAGCCCUGUUUCAAGUAUAAGUAAUGAAGAAGAACGGGAUAUCUUAGUACUAACAGCUGGAUGGAGAAAAUGUGCUGCACUGCCAUACCGUAUGCAGAAUAAUAUUGAGAAAUGA